CACCUGCGCAGCUGCACUGCCCCUCACAGACGAGUCAACCGCCUUUCCACCUCCUCGCCGUCGUUCCGUAGUGGCGCCGCCUAUAUAGAGAGCGAACCGCGCGAGGUCCCAGCACAGCAGCCAGGAUUCCACAAACAGAGAGGCCAGGUUCCAAGCAAAGGCAGUGCAGGCAGGGCGUGUGGAGAAGCAGAGCAGCGGGUGGCGCACCUGCACGUGCCAGGCUGCCAGCUCUGGCCAUGGCGGAUCACCAGAGGAUCCACCCUGUCGACCUGGAGGCCGGCAAUCGGCCAACGACGCCGCUGGUGCCGGGAGGCUCGUUCCGGUCGGACAAGGGCGACCCAGCGCAGCGCGCGAACAACCACCACCAACAACAGCAACAACGAGGCUACGUCUACGUCCCGGGGCCUCUGCCUCCGCCGCCGCGCCGCGCCGCGCCACCGGCGCCGCCGCUGCCGCCGCCGAAGCGGCGCGGGCGGGGCUGCUGCUGCCGGUUCCUCUGCUGCGCCGUGAUAACCGCGGUCGUGCUGGCGGUGCUCGCCGCGGCGGCGGCGGGCGCGCUGUACCUGUUGCUGGACCCCAAGGCGCCGCGGUACUCGGUGGACCGGCUCUCUGUCUCCACGUUCCAGGUGGACCCGUCGACGCUGACGGCGCGGGCCGGGUUCGACGUGGCGGUGACGGCGGCGAACCCCAACUCGCGCAUCGCCAUCCAGUACGAGCCCGGGUCCAGCCUGGGCGUGUGGUACCAGUCGUACCGCCUGGCGCGGGGCGCGCUGCCGCCCUUCUACCAGGGCCACCGCAACACCACGGUGCUGGCGCUGGCCAUGGCCGGGGAGGUGCAGCUGGGCGGCGCCGCCGUGGCCGGGAUGCGGGACGCGCAGCGGACGGGCGCCGUGCCGCUCGUGUUCCGCGCCGACGUGCCCGUGCGCGUCGAGCUCGGCACCUUUAAGCUCUGGAAGGUCACGUCCAGGGUGCGCUGCGACCUCGUCGUCGACAGGCUCAUGGACGUCAGCAGCCCCAUCAAGAUCAAGGCCAGCAACUGCAAGUUCGGUCUGAAGCUGUGAUUCGUUCGUCGCCGCGUUGGAUUCUUUUGGCUGGCUGAGUGCUGGACCUGCUUGCUGGUAGUAUUUGCGCAGGUGCAGACGUGCAGUGCACUCCCGCCAACCUCGUCGGUGUUCAUCCCGGCUGUGUACAGAUGGUAGUGUAUCAUUGCUGUUAUAGAGGAAUAAUUUUGC